UAUAUUAUUUUUGGUGGAAUAGUUGUAAUAACUUACAAUAUUCCUUGAAAUUUGCAUUAUACAUAGAAAUCUCAUGUUUUUUUUUUAAUUUAAUCUCAAUAACAAAUUGUUUCUUUAAUCAUGUAUAAAAGGGGCUAUAGCAAUUUUGUGCCAGCAGAGUACACAACUGAAUUUAAGCAACAUCGAAGAAAGCUCAUCGAUGGUGAAACUGCUAGAAAACUUUAUUUGGAAGAAGUAUAUCACGCUUCAACCCCUCAAAUGCAUAUAGAACACACGACUGAAACACAACCCACGUGUAAACGGAAAAGAAAAGUAGAUGACGACGAAGUAUCUAACCAAAAAUUGUUUGCUUGUGCGGAGAACAAUGAUAUAAAUACAAUACGCCACAUCUUAGAGACUUAUCCAGAUAAGAUAAAUACGGUCGACAGUUAUGGAUGGAGUUUGCUGAUGAUAGCAUGCCAAGCUAAUUCUAUUGAUGUUGUUAAAGAACUGCUCAAAUAUAAUGUUGAUUGUUCCAUUAGAGAUAAAGCUGGGAAUUCUGCUCAGAGUUUAGUUAUUAAGAAUAAAAAUGUCUAUCUAGCCAAUAUACUCUUAAAUCAUAGAAAAGAAUCUUUUAUUGAAAGUGUGAAUGUACAUACAAAAUCUAAUGAAACAUAUCAUAAGAAAAAAAGCAAAUAUACUUGCACAAUCUGUGAUAACAGAACAUUUGAUAGUAAAGAUGAGCAUCUGUCAUCAACGAUACACAAUAUAAAUGCUAGUAAAGGAAUUAAAGUACCCACAAAAUAUGCCAUCCCCGAAACCAAUAAAGGGUUCCAGUUAAUGCUGAAAGGUGGUUGGGACAAGGAAUCAGGUUUGGGGCGUGAUGGCUCGGGAACUAAAUAUCCCAUCAGAUCAGUGUUAAAGAAUGACAAAAUUGGUCUUGGACAUAAAAAAAACAAGAAAGUAAAAGAAGAAUCAGAAAUGAAAAGCUUCAGAAAGAAAAUGUUAGAAAAUGAUAAAGAAAGAAAUAGAAGAUUAGAAGUUACAUUUAGAAGAGAAUUUUAUUAGGUUUUUUAUAAAUGUAUCAUUUAAAGACAAGAGGAACUUUUUCUUGAAUUAUAAUUGUGUACAUGUUUUUUUUUUAAAACAAUUAUGGCUCUAUUCACACUGGAAUUAAUGAUUUGCCAAUAAAUCUUUUAAACGCA